GAUUCGCAGCUGUCUGCAUCUUCUGUCGCUGUGGAUCUGGCUGCUCUCGAAGCUGCCAACGGCUGGAACAAGAUGCCCUCAAUGCACCGACCUCAGCAGAGCCUCACCACUCUGACUUCAUCCCAGAUGAACUCUGCCGAUGUGGCGCCCCCGGGCCAGAACAGUUCGCCUUCUGACGCUAACACUAUCGGAUCGCGCAACCCUGCCUUCCGUCACUCCCUCGAUAUGAAGCAGCACUCGAUCGACAUGAACGCCUACUUCGCCAAGGAGAAUGGUACUGAUGCUACUUCUAACGCCGCCGUGCUGUCGCCCAAGUCGUCCCACGGCCUGUCGACUCCUCCUAAGUUGCAGUCUUCCUUCUCUGCCAACGACAUUCCGACCGUCAAGGGCUCGUCUGUCAUGGGUGGACCGAAUGCCAAUGCGCACGCUCAGCAGCAUCUUCACAACCACAAUGCUAGCAUCGGUCGCAUCCCCCCCGGAGCUAUGAAGCGACAUAGCCGCGAGCUUUCCAGCGAGAGCAACAUUCACAUCGGUAUCACGCAGUCUGCCACUUUCCCCUCCAUCGGCUCCGCUCUUCAUGCCAACGCCCCUGCCUUUGGUCCCACCGCCACAUCUCAGGCUCCUAACCAAACCACCCCGACUGCUUCAUCGGUUUCCAGCCCUGGCUCUUCCAUGGGUGCGGGUAACUAUUCUUCGUACUACGGCGGUAACUACGGACCCACUAGCCCUAAUAAUGGCGGCUCAGCAUACAACGUACCCCUGCUUGCCAUGCAAAUGGGCAACAUGAACAUGAAUGGGUAUUCUCCCCAGAACUACACUGGCUACGCCCCCAUGUACCAGGCUGCUGCUGGUCAGCCCCGCGACUCCCAGCAGCGUGUCAUUCAGCAGCGCCGUGCUCAAGACAAUGAAGCUAUGAACCGCUUCAACAACACGCCCUUGGAGGCUGUUGGUGGUACCAUCUUUGAGCUUUGCAAGGACCAGCAUGGCUGCCGGUACCUCCAGAAGCAGCUGGAGAACCGCAUUCCCGAGCAAGUCCACAUGAUCUGGCUCGAGACCAAUAUGCAUGUCGUCGAACUCAUGACGGAUCCCUUUGGCAACUACCUCUGCCAGAAACUUCUGGAGUACUGCAACGAUGACGAGCGCACUGUGUUGAUCCGCAACGCUUCCGAGUCCAUGGUUCACAUCGCGCUCAACCAGCACGGCACCAGGGCCCUCCAGAAGAUGAUCGAGUUUGUCUCCAUUCCCGAGCACGUUCAGCUCAUUGUCAACGCACUUCGCUACCGAGUGGUUGAUCUCAUCCAGGACCUCAAUGGCAACCAUGUCAUCCAGAAGUGCCUCAACAAGCUUUCUCCUCAGGAAGCUCAGUUCAUCUUCGAUGCUGUUGGCAACCACUGCGUCGAAGUCGGCACUCACCGUCACGGUUGCUGUGUCCUCCAACGCUGCAUUGAUCACGCCUCGGGUGACCAGAAGAUCUGGCUCAUCGGUAAGAUUACCGAAAAUGCACUCCGUCUGGUGCAGGAUCCAUUCGGUAACUACGUGGUUCAGUACAUCAUCGACCUCAAUGAGUCCACUUUCACUGAACCCCUGGUUGUAAUGUUCACCGGGAAAGUGGCGCAGUUGUCGCGCCACAAGUUCAGUUCCAAUGUCAUUGAGAAAUGCCUUCGAUGUGCCUCCGAUGGCGGACGUGACAUGAUGGUCAACGAACUUCUGAACGGAGGCGAGAUGGAUCGCCUUCUGCGGGACUCGUUUGGCAACUAUGUUGUUCAGACUGCUCUGGAGCACUCGACGUACCACAUGAAGCACCAGCUUGUCGAGGCCAUUCGCCCCAUUCUUCCCGGCAUCCGAUCCACCCCCUAUGGUCGUCGCCUGCAAGCCAAGAUACAGACUCAUGAUACCCGCAGUGGCCAGAACAGCGGCCAGAGCACACCGGCCGACUCGACCCAAGGUCAGCUGUCCCUGCGACAAUCUCACAACCGUGGCGGAUCUAAUGCUGCCUCCAUUCUGUCACCCAGCGGAUUUGCCAAUAGAAUUGGUGGAGGACGUGGUGCGGCGUCGUACCCUUCGAGCAGCACCCUGACCGUGCCGCCUCCUCAACCUCCGCGAUUCAAUCAAACCUUCACCUAUCCGGGGGCUAACGUCCAGCCCGGCAAUGGCGAAGGGCAGUUCUUCUGAACCAUUUCUCAGUACGACUGGCCGUCAUUACGAUACUUGUAAUGGUACGAUGCACGAACUGGACGACACCUUUAUCGGACGACUUCCCAUCGACAAUCAUGCGGUUUUUCCUUUGGCUUUCUACAAGCACGAAUGAAACGGCUUCUACGAACUUGAUGACUUUU